UACUGACUUUCUAGCGUCCGCCUUGACAGCAAGAUGCAGUCGCAAACGCCCCUCGAACCAUUGUCAGCGACUUCCCUAGGAGCAGAAACAGAGUGUGAAGUCCUCUCAGAUGACCCCUAUGCUGUCUACAUACCCCAGCAGCUCAAUUAUUCCGGGUUGUCUUCUAGGACUUCGAACGAGGUCUGUGGCUCCUACAAUUUCGGGGACCCAGGCGUAUACUUGGAUCAAGCAGACGGCUGAGGACUUCCUUCGCACGACCGGUAACGGAAUCUCAGACGUCGGAUGAUCUGUCUAUCUCGCACACGCACAAAAGUCUUCUCAAUGCUAUAUCUAGAGGCUAACAUGACGGCCCGGUUCGGACCUCGGACCGGAUCUUGUCGCUUUCACUCCGUGCCUCUCCUAUUUAUAGCUGCUUUUCUACUAUACUUAAGGGGCUUUCACUGUCGGUAUGCCUAGAACAUGAUGAUAAGAAGUUGAGCAUUCUUUCCAUGCCAA